CGAAGUUCAAUGGUGAAACAGGUAUUUCAGAUGUUCAGUCAACUUUAAUCAGUCCAGCUAUGACAUUCAUGCCAGUGGUUGAGGUAAACGUUCAUAAACCUGCUGCGGGACAUUGUCAUUUUGGACAUGGAGGAACCCAGUGACUUGUAUGCUGUGUGUAACAUAAACCACCCUCCUACUUGGCAAGAGCACCAGCCUCAGUGUCUCUCAGAAUUAGAUGAAGUUGAGCACCUCAGAAGGAAAAUAAAAUACUACUUUAUGAACCCCUGUGAGAAAUACCAUGCACGUGGACGAAAACCAUGGAAACUUAUACUGCAGAUUGUCAAAAUUGCAAUUAUUACCAUACAGUUGGUGUCCUUUGGGCUGAGCAACCAGAUGGUUGUUACAUUUAAGGAGGAAAGUCUGAUGGCAUUCAAUCACCUCUUCUUGAAAGAUUAUGUUGAUGGAGGGAUGGAUACAUAUGCUGUUUAUAGACAAGCAGAUGUUUAUGAUCACAUUGACUACAUCAUAACACAGUACGGCCUUCUGCACAACAACACAGUGGGCAAUCAUGCAUAUGAGAAAAACGGUAGUGGCUACACAGCGCUGUCCAUUUGUCAAGAGUUUUACAGGAAUGGUGCCAUCUACCCUGGAAAUGAAACCUUUGAGAUAGAUGCUCAUGUGGAUGCAGAUUGCAUAGAAGUUUACCCCAUGUAUUCUCUAACAUCACGUGAUCUGCUUCAAAACUUUGAGGUGCAUUUCAAAAGGCUAAUUUGCAUCAAGAUCACAUUUGUUAUCAAGGCCAUAAAUUUACAGACUGUGAGACACCGAGAGCUGCCAGACUGCUACGACUUCAAUGUUAUUAUUACCUUCAACAACCAAGCUCACAGUGGCAGGAUAAAGGUUGAGCUGGAAAGUGAUGUAGAGAUCAAUGAAUGUAGAGACUGGAAAGUAACUGGAGCCUCUGCUAAACAGAUAUACCUGACUGUGUUGUUUGACUGCCUCAUUGUUAUAACCUGCAUCACCUCCUUCACCCUCUGUGUGCGCUCGGUGAUCAAAGGGAUUCUGCUGAUGUUGGAGUACACCAAACACUGCAGUAAACACUGCGGUAAAGACACACCGUGGUCAGAUAAAUUGGAGUUUGUGAACGGUUGGUAUAUCUUGAUCAUUGUCAGUGACACCCUGACCAUUAUAGGCUCCAUUCUGAAGAUAGAAAUCCAGACAAAGAUCCUCACAAGCUAUAAUGUGUGCAGCAUCUUUCUUGGCACAGGAACCAUGUUUGUCUGGAUUGGUGUUAUCCGCUAUAUGGGCUACUUUAGGAAGUAUAAUAUUCUCAUUCUGACACUCAGGGCAGCUUUUCCAAAUGUAAUUCGUUUCAUCUGUUGUGCGGGUAUCAUCUACCUGAGUUACUGUUUAUGUGGUUGGAUCGUUCUUGGCCCGUAUCAUGAGAAGUUCCGGACCUUGAACACAGUGUCAGAGUGUCUGUUCUCACUCAUCAAUGGAGACGACAUGUUUCCGACAUUUAAGAACAUGAAGCAGAAAAGCAGCUUGGUGUGGAUCUUCAGCAGGGUUUACCUUUAUACCUUUGUGUCUCUGUUCAUAUACAUGAUCCUCAGCCUUUUCAUCACCAUCAUCACUGACACAUAUGACACAAUCAAGCAACAGCAGCAGAGUGGAGUCCUGAUGUCAGAGCUGCAGAAAUUCCUGGCAGUGUGUAAAGAUCUGCCAAAUUCUGGAGUGUUUAGACUUGACAAGAGCAACAACUGUAUCUUAAACUGCUGCAUCAACAGAUGCAGGGAGCAGCAAGAGAGGCUGACUUCAGAAGCGUAACAGUUCUCCAUCAAGAAUAUCAGUGGCUGUACUGUAUAAACAAUAACCUACUAAACACUGUGCACUUUACACUAUUAUAUUAGAUGGAAGUUGGUUGGAAAGUCUUUAAACUUUUUGUUCCCCUUUUAAAAUUGGAUUUGUCAUUGGACCAGGUAAAAUGGUAUCUAUCACUGCUGAAGAGACCUGACCUUUAUGUCCAGAUGGUGAAUGGGAAAUUGAGAAAAUAUGAUGCAAUGAACCUUGUAAAUACACCUUUGUAUAGAUGAAAAGAUGAUCAUUUAAAUCUGUAUAUACCGUAUAUUGUAUAUAUCAGCAUUGUGUCACACAAGAAUGAAUGAUGAUUCAAUAAAUAAGCUGAA